CCACUUGCUAUCGGUGGGUAUCCCAGAAUGCUGCGCUGCCCCGUUUCUACUUCAGCUUGGUCAGUGCGCUUGGCAAGAGGACAGGCUAGUGUGUGUCAGCAGCAUCAGCACUGGGGGAACUGCGUCUCACCAACCCAAGAGGAGGAGACAGGAAUACCUGUAAUCUGCCAUGACGACGGAACCAGGUGUGGAAUCAAAGGAGCGGGAGAACCAGCAGGCCAGUACAGCGCAGCCCGCUCAGGCCCAGCCCACUCCACCAGCUCAACCUCCUCACAUCCCCACGCAGGGUGACGAGGAGCAGUUUCCUGCUGCCGCUGCUCACAGCACACCCACCAGGAAGGACCAGAACGGAGAGAGAGGGGCAGAGGGCACUCCGCUGGGGAGGCACGAUCAGUUUGAAGACGAUAGAGCAUCUCCAAGGUCAUCUUCCAGCAAGCUCUCCAAGUCCCCUGGGAAGACCUCAAAGAAUCCCAGGAACAUGCAGUGCAAAAUCACCCUCUUGGAUGGGUCGGACUAUACCUGCGUCGUGGAGAAACGGGCCAAAGGACAGGUGUUAUUUGACAAAGUUUGUGACCAGCUCAACCUCCUGGAAAAGGACUACUUUGGCAUCACAUUCCGCGAUAUGGAGAACCAAAAAAAUUGGGUGGACCCUGCUAAGGAACUGAAAAAACAGAUAAGAAGUGGUGCCUGGAAUUUUUCAUUCAAUGUAAAGUUUUACCCACCAGAUCCUGCACAGCUGUCAGAGGAUAUAACCAGGUAUUACCUCUGCUUACAACUGAGGGAUGAUGUGGUUUCGGGCCGCUUGCCUUGCUCCUUUGCCACACACACCGUCCUUGGUUCCUACACAGUCCAGUCUGAGCUGGGGGAUUACGACCCAGAGGAGUACGGAAGCGACUACGUCAGCGAGUUUCGUUUUGCCCCCAACCAGACCAAGGAGCUGGAGGAGAAGGUCAUGGACCUCCACAAAAACUAUAAAGGGAUGACACCAGCUGAAGCGGAGAUGCAUUUCCUGGAGAACGCCAAGAAACUGUCUAUGUAUGGAGUGGACCUCCAUCAUGCCAAGUUGAUAGGAAGCAUCUUUGAGUGCUUGGCUCCAGCUAAAGGGGAGGAUUCAGAGGGCGUGGAGAUCAUGCUGGGCGUGUGUGCCAGUGGACUUCUCAUUUACCGUGACAGAUUGCGCAUCAACAGGUUUGCCUGGCCCAAAGUCCUCAAGAUCUCCUACAAAAGGAACAAUUUCUAUAUCAAAAUCCGCCCUGGGGAGUUUGAGCAAUUUGAAAGCACGAUAGGUUUCAAACUCCCAAACCACAGAGCGGCAAAGAGGCUUUGGAAAGUCUGUGUGGAGCAUCACACCUUUUUCAGGUUGGUGUCUCCAGAAGCCCCUCCCAAAAAGUUCCUCACACUUGGCUCCAAGUUCCGCUACAGUGGCCGGACCCAGGCCCAGACACGACGGGCCAGCUCCCAGAUUGUCCGUCCCGCGCCUUACUUUGAACGCUCCUCCAGCAAGCGCUACACCAUGUCCCGCAGUCUAGAUGGUGCUCAGCGGCGUCAUCCAAUAAAUACAGUGACUCUAGACCAUGGAAUUAAACUGCCUGUCAAUGUAAAUGACCGUAACGCAAAAGAGAUGGGCACGGGCCAGUAUGGCACAGCCAAGGGAAUCGCCACGAGUGACCUCAUCACCACGGUAACACCGGAAAAGAAAGCAGAGGAAGAAAAGGCUGAGAAAGAGGAUGAGGAGAAACUGAUGGCCAUGGAGCAGUCUGAGGUGUCCGAGCCAAUUCCAACAACCCCAGUGCGACAUGAGAUGAAGACUGACAGCGAGUGGACAGAGACUAUUGCUGAUGGUGAAACCACAGCGACAGAGUCGGAUCAAGAAGAUGAAUCUGAGAUAAAGACACAGGAAAUGAGUAAGACUCCAGAGGAGCUGAUGAAACACCAAACCAAUAUAAGUGACCUGAAGCGUACAUUUUUGGAAACGGGUGCAGACACUUCUGCUCUCACUGAAUGGGAGAAGAGGUUAUCCACGUCACCAGUUCGGUCCCCAAGGCUAGAGGAUGCCCCCAUGAUCGAACCCCUUGUGCCUGAUGAAGCCAAAGAUGAUGCAAAGACGAUGGCUGCAGACAUCCUGCAAGUGAAGCACAGCGUUUUGGAAACAAGAAGUACUACGGAUUCUGAUGGGUGGGUUAUAGUAAACAAAGUCCCUCCCAAGGUAGCAGAAAAGAAAAAUGUUGUCAACUAUAAAAUAGUGGCAGUGACUAGCACUACUCUUGAUGGGGAGCUCAAAGGCAGUGAGUUCAAAACCUUCAAGGACUUCCGCAAUGAAAUCAAGUCAAAAGAGGAGGAGAUGAAGCAGAAACCCUACACUUUGGGGAAGUCCUACGAUACCAUGUCGGGUAAAAUUGUCACCAUGACGGCCCGAGCUAAAGAUUGUGACAAACCAGUACAGUUGUACCCACAAGAAAAGAGGAUGUCGGAUCGGGCUCCACCGGCGGUGAAGAUCAUACCAGUCUCUGCCGAAUAUGAGAUGCUAGAGUCAGCAGUCGAGGAUGGCAAAGGGACUUUGGUUACCAUAAAGGAGGCUGAAACUCCCUCACCCUCUGAGGCCACUGUAGGCACCGUGAGGACUGUGAUGGCCAUCGGCUCCAGUGAGGAGAUAGGGCAAGCAAGAAGGCCUGAAGUGAGGUUACAGAAGGACAGCGUGGCCCAGGGAGACAAGGUCCUGGCCUCCACAAAGUCUCCAACAGGCCUGCGGUUGACCACAGGCACUGCCCACUAUGUAACGAAAACUUCACCUACAUCCAGAGCAGUGCCUAAGCCCACCUUUGAUGAGAUGUCCCCAGAGCUCACGGCUCUGCUGCAGUCAGCACGAGACCAGAUCAGCGCAGUGGGAUGGGCCACCUCUCCUUCACAUAGUCAGACCAUUCUGAAGUCAACAGAGCGAAAAGAGACGAUUACACUGCAGACGUCUGCCUCCCAGCAGCAGCAGGAGGAGGAGGGCAAGCAGGAAGAGGAGAAGGAGGAGGAGCAGGCAGUGACAGUGACACAGGUGCUGCAGGACACAGAGCCACCUCCGCAGGAACCUGUGGUGAAUAUGCAUGUGACCGAGGCUUCUGACAGUGCCCCUGCUGAUCCCAGCAGUGCCGCUAUCGCUGACGCUAUCGCUGCUGCCGCUACCGCUACCGCUACCACUGCUGCAGUGCAGGCAGAGGCUGCUGCUCCGCCUUGCUUGGCAGAGGAGCUGGGCUCCCCACGCCCAACAGACGCCAGGCAGGAGAAGUUAGCGGCUGGAGGCAGUCCAGCCUCUGCGGCCAUCUCCUCUGCAGAGGGACUGGCUGAGCUGGAGCAGGCAGCUGAGGCUUUCAGUACGAAAGCAGCAACCACUAUAUCAAACUUGGAGAAAUCACUGGUGUUUAAAACGGAGGCUGCAGGUUUCAGUAGCAUUACGCGAGAAGAGAGAGAGGAGCUUGUGACCAAGGAACUGCCAGUAAUCAACACAGAAACAAAAACCAUUACAUCCAAGUCAUCACAGGAUGACGCUGGAGCUGAUGUUGAUCCAGGGAUAUUAAUGAGUGCCCAGACCAUCACUUCAGAAACGACAAGCACCACUACGACUACGCAAAUCACAAAGACUGUGAAGGGUGGCUUCUCAGAGACAAGGAUUGAGAAGAGGAUUGUCAUUACAGGGGAUGCAGACAUCGACCGUGACCAGGCGCUGGCUCAGGCCAUUAAAGAAGCCAAAGAGCAGCAUCCUGACAUGUCUGUGACCAAAGUAGUGGUACAUAAAGAGACAGAGCUCACCCCAGAAGAGGGGAAAGAGUAAUGCAGGAUUAGACCAUCACCCUUCAGAGGACAUUUAUUUUACACCAUAUGGAAUAAAGGACACCUGCAGGAAUCGACCUUAACUUCCGGCAUCACAACACUUUAACCACUCCUCCACUGUAUUGGAGCACUAUAAGACUAAUGACCCACUCAUUAUGAAAACUCUGACUCAUGUAUCUCUAAACCUGUCAAAUCCAUUACCAGGAAAUGCAUACUGCAUGACAAGGGAGCAAUUCUGCAUUUUUUACAAAAAUGAUCAAAAACCCAAAAAGUUAUGUAUACAAUUUCUUAUCUACCUGCACGUUUGGACAAAUGGCGGGAUGAUUCAAAGAAAAACUGAACAUUUUUAUUCACUGCCUUAUGGAGUAAUGACUUUUAAAGUGAUAUAAAUAAUCAUUUAAGUAGGUUAAUUUUAUUUGAGAAAACAAAUUGUUCAAAAGAAUAAUGUAGGUUGACCAUUUAAGUGUGCACAAUAUUUAAUCAUUCAGUAGAUGUGCCAACCACACCACCAGGCUCUUGAUCCUUCAGUCAACCUUCCAAGCCCAUUUUAUCUAAUUUUACUCAUAUUGCCUGCGAAAUAAAGAACCUUCACAUUUAAAGGUCUGAACACAGUACAUAUAUGUACUUUUAGGCCAUAUAUUAUUCUUAGAAAUUUUUGUCAUUUUUUAUUUGAAUUGUCUGUUUUUUCCACAAAAUAUCAAGUUAAUCAACAAGGAGACCUGUGUAUACUAUUUUUAAAAUAAUGAGAUUGCUGCUGGAGGAACCAAUUCUGUGACCUGGAUAAUGGUGUCACCACAAGGUGGACUGUGUUCGUCCUUAUUCUUUGUCAUGUCAGUGGAAGUCCAAGAGCUCCCCACCACAUUGUUUGUUGGGCAUGGCCGAGCCUUAAGACUGUACAGAAAAGGCAGCGUUUCAGGUGCUGCCCAAAACUGUGUGCGUGCGUGUGUCUGGACAUCCUGCCCCACUCUGUCAUCAUCGUCGAUGCCAUCUAUGUUAAAUGUGCUUCCACAUUAGUGAAAUAAAAGUGAUAAAUGCA